AGAGAAUGCAUUCAUUUGAUGUUUUUCAAGGUUCAAUCAACAUCGUUGUUAUAACAAAAUACAAAUCAUACUUUCAGUAGUUCACAGACGGUGCAAAAACAGAGACACAAAGUCAAUGCUAAAAUAUGCAUGUGAUACUUUACACACAGGUUUUAUUAUGCGCAGCUAUGGUCGGUAGUUAAGUCGACUCUUCCAUCCAGCGCGUUCAGGAUACCAGCUUUUUACUGAAGUAAUUUACGGGCAGAUUCCAAGGUGAAACAACGUUGGCUUUUUUGGUUAGGUUUGAAGGCAGAAGAUGCGAUGAGAAUGCGGAGUACAACGGUGUUUGGCGUUGCUGGAGUCUGGUGGCUUACCAUUGUUGGGUUUGUCAUUAGCGGGAUAGAUGGACAAGGAUCCCGCUAUAUUGGUUGCUUCUACGACCUUUCAUCUCCGCCCACCAGUCGUGCUCUUCCCGAUUUAACCUCGUGCCCAGACUCAAUAUUCUGCGAUAACUUCUGCACCUUAAACAUACCUUAUUGCGAGAGCGCCGGGAACAUGUCCGUCACAAACUGCGCUCGUCUCUGUUCGCGCCAAAACAAAGUUUACGCGGGACUUCAGGCGGGAAGGCAGUGUUUUUGUGGACUGGAAUCGGCAUCGUAUGAGAGACAUGGACGAGAAACGGACGAGACUAGGUGCAAGUCUAAUUGUAGCGGUGACGUCACGCAGUCCUGUGGGAAUGACUUGCGGAUGGAGGUAUAUGAAAUAGGUUGCACCCCCUUAGCUUCUCUACCUCAAAAUACGACUGUAUCUCCAUCGGAUAAGAACUUCUUUAAGAUUGGUGAAAAUAUGAUCAUAUCAUGCCGAGAUGGUUAUCUCACCAACCGAACCUCAUUGACUUGUUUACCUACGGGUGAAUGGAGCCUCCCGCCGCCAUCUUGUCUUUAUGACGUAUGCGCCUCACCCGAUCCUCCGUUAGGCACGACAGCCCGCGAGACCAGCCUUCGGGAAAGUUCGGAGUUCUACGGCGGUAACGUGGUGAUUUUUGAAUGUUUGAACGAUAUCCAUGCAACGGUGAACGUCACAUGUUUGGAGGGCGAGUGGAUGGCAGUGGGGACAUGCCCAGAGACGCCUGCAUCGACUGAUGUAAUGACGACUAUAUUUACAGAGAUAUAUACAGCGAGUAGUCCUGAUACUACACAGGGUAAAGUCACAACUACAGAGGACUCGAUGACCACAGCAUACGAAAAAGUGUCGACAACCUCCUUCACAACGACAGUAACACCUCAACAGAACGUCUCAACCUCGAGUCAUUCAGAAGAGUACACCACCUUGAUCACCCCCGACAUUGGACCCGUCCAGACAAUUCCCAACAUGCUGUGGUUGAUAAUCAUUCUUGUGGCCGCCAUGUGUCUUUUCCUCAUCGUGUUGUUCAUUGCUGUAAUGGUUGCAUACAAAGGGAAACACACCCAGAAUGAAGCGAGACGAUCAUCCAAUGAAUCUUUACAUAUUCCCAAAGUAUCCGACAUGUCACAAAUCAACUACGCUUUUAUAGAAACUGAAACACCCACUCAAAAUGGCCACCACCAAACAUCCGGGCCACCAACACCUCAGGAACAUACAUACGAAAAUGGCGCCGCCAUGCAUCAUGAUUAUGCAAAGCCCAGCACACCGCCCACCACCAAUGGGAGAAAGGUCGUUAAUGAAUAUGCAUCACCCGUGCUGCAGGACAGCAACGGUGAGAUGGCACAGGUCCCGCGGACAAAGAAACGAGUGUCGUACUCGUUUGAUAUGCCGGAACCAGACUACGAUCCAACAAGGCGGGAAUCUUAUGUUGAAAUGGUCACUAAACUAUAAAUCGUGGAUUAUCGGGAACUUACCUGAAUAUUACAUCCGUACUGUUAACCUGUAAUGUUUGGGCAUUGCAAACUUAAUGAAGAGGAUUCAUAUUAAAUAACAAUAAUUUCAACAUAUUUUAAAAUAUGUCGCCAUUUUACGUUGUUCUCGUUACAUUCCAUUUUUUUUUGUCAGGACAUCGAGCGUGUAUGCUUGCGAUUUUCUUACGAAUCACACACUUGUUGUUGAAGAAGAUAGGUCUUGAUUUACAGGGAUUUUCCUAAUUUGACCUUUCACCUUUCUACCUAAUAUCACGAGAAAAAAAAAUGCUUUAAAGCAGAGGUCAAACUUGUUCUUGUCGGUCUGACCCAGACCGGGGGUUCUUUGGAACCAGAAAUCUGAAGAGUUUGAAACUCUUGGGGGCUCGAGGUCGUAGCAGACAACAGGUAAAUCAAUUGUUCUUUGAAAUGUGAGCAUGCUGGCAAAAUUUUAGCUCCACGCUGAGACUGACGUUAAAACAGUGAAAACUUAACUAGUGAGUCUGCUGCUACCUAGCGAUCCAUGAAACUUGGAUCUUUUAUAAAGUGGUUAAGCUUAACGCUAGCCUGAACAACUGACGUCUCACUUCGAAGCUCGUUCAUCCUUGUGGAUAAAGACAGGGGCCCAGGCUAGCUUAACGCAUCCUUUUCCUCAAACUCCCAUACACAAUAGGUGCGUUCGUUUAGCUGCCCUGGGUCCACCCCGGUGUGUGGCGUUUUUUUUCUUCAA